AUGCUUGUUCCCCUACGUCCAUCAUCGUUAUCGCGCUGCCCUUGUUUCCGUCUCCUUCAUGGCUCCGCUAAGAUGCAGAGGCAUCUAGUUGGUCCUCCUGAUCCCAUCUCUCAUCUACGGCCUAUUAUCUACGACGAUGUUCCUCCUCCGCCAGCUCCGGCAGUCGUCAAUCAUCCUUAUUCUCUGCAGGAGUUCGAUCCAGAACCUGCCCGAAUUUCAAAUACAUACGAAAUGCAAUGGAAACUACAACGGCAGCAGCUGGAUGAUACGAGUCAGGAUUUUUGGUUAGACAGUAACACUCGAUUCGAAACCGCCAAAGAAGCUGUCUUAGCUAGCCUUCCUCCUGGUUCCACACCUUUAGAUAAGGAGAACGCUUUAUCAGAAUUCUACAAGCAGUGGCUGCUGCAGGAGAGCGCACGUGUGGACGAAUACUCCAACAUUUGGCGUGCUCUAAAUUGGGCUAAUAUUGUUCUCGCUGCCCGAGUGAAAUACUCGAGAUUCCCUGCAGGCCUUUUCAAAUCUACACAAAAAUCGUGA